GCAAACUUCUAUAACUCAACCAAAUCAGUGCAACAUAACAAUAACUUUGGGAAAUUUACAUCAUGGUGCAUAUGAAGCACAGAAAACUUUAAAAAUUGUUGUAAAGCUGAAGGAACUUUCUAUAACACAAGUCCAUGGUCAAUUUCCAUGUGAAAACUUGGUGGACAAAAAUC